AUGGCAGCAGAGAAAUCAGGAAUGCAACAAGGAAACAAUGAAAAAGAUUUUAUCCGAUCUAAAAGUUCCAAUGGCUUAAUUCUUUCAUUAUCAAGAGGGAAGAAAAUGGAAAACGAUAUUGAUUUCAGCCAACUUCCUUGGAAUGUGCUUGAUACCAUUUCCCAAAAACUAAGUUUUGACGAUCUCUUUGAUUUCGCAAGUGUUUGCAAAGAGUGGAGGGUAGUUAAGAAGAUUUAUUGGAAAAACUUCCUAGAAUCUCAAUCACCAUUACUUGUGGAAACAACAUCAUAUGCUAAGAAAUUUUAUUCUUUUUAUAGCAUACCUGACCAACGUGCUUACCUCUCUGAGAUGAGUUAUUUUUGGGGAUUAUUCUAUUGUGGUUCUUCCAGUGGAUAUAUAAUCAUGGCAGGUGCCAACAAAACACUACAACUAAUGAACCCCUUUACAAGAAAGCAGCACAAUAUUGGUAUCUCAACAAUUAUAAAUUAUUUGAAUUAUUGUGCUUGUCGUGUCUUACUUGCUUUUGCCAAAGGCUCUGGUGAGUUUGUUAUAGUUGCUUCCUGCAAAUCUUCAUUCAACUUGCAUGUCUAUCAGUCACGAAAUUCUAGUUGGGUAACUAAUAUCGAAAAAGGAAAUCCAUUGAAGGUUGUGGACUUUGUUGUUUUGCAUAAUAUAAUUUAUGUUAUCACUAACAAGGCUGAAAUUGGGGUACUUAGCUUGAACUCUUCAAGUUUGAAAUUUCUAAAGCUAAAAAAUACUCCAGACAUAACUUCUUCUUUCCCCCAGUUACUUAGUUGUGAUGGAAAGCUUCUGGUAGUUUACUUUAUACCAGGGAGACUAUUAGAUGUCUACAUGAUAGACUUCGGAACAAUGAGUUAUACCAAGCUAGAAACUUUGGGUGACAUUGCAUUAUUUUAUUCGCGUAACAAAUGUUAUGCAUUAGCGAAUCCGAGAAAAUGGGGCUAUGAGAGUAACUCUGUGUAUUAUAUUAAUUGUAUGUCUACAGAAUGUGAAGUGUAUUCAGGGAGUAGUAAUGAACGGUUGAAAUGCAUUGUGCCUGUUGGUAGACGUCGACCUUCUCGUAGAUCAAGUAGAUCAAGAACUUAUUGGUUAGAUUGGUGUUUUCGAAAUCUACAUGAUGAAGUAGAUUAUUCUCUUGUUGACUAG